UCAAAUUCAAAUCUUUUAUUGUCGAACAAUUCUCGAAUUUCGUAUUCAGCAUGGACAAGCCUCAGUACGCUCGCGUGGUCGAGAUCCUUGGACGCACUGGAUCCCAAGGGCAGUGCACCCAGGUGCGGGUGGAGUUCCUCGGCGACCAAAGCCGCCAGAUUAUUCGGAAUGUCAAAGGACCUGUUCGCGUGGGCGACAUCCUGUCGCUGCUGGAAACUGAACGCGAGGCCAGGAGACUGCGCUGAUGUAUGAAUUACACCUGUUUGAUUUCCCAAAUCAAGUUAAUAAACGAUUUUGUUUGUUC